AUGGGGUAUACACAGACAGACGAAAAUAAACCAAAUGAAACUGAAUAUGUUUGUUAUUUCAUCGUUGAUCUCUUUUCGGGGCAAGUUCCGAAAAGAAGAAUCAAAACCAAUAACAAUACAAAUAACCCUUCAGCUUUUGAACAAUGUACCAGCAGAGUGUUGUCUAACUGCAAAUACUGUGAGUACUGCAGAUCGAUGGCACAUACCAAGUAUCACUGCCCCCUCAUCAAGCCUUGCGCCAAUUGCGGUGUAAAGGGACAUAAAACCACUAGCUGUAAAAAAAAACUACGCCGGCUCCAAAGAGGGUUUUAA